UCAAUUUUCGUUUAAUUUUCAUUUAGUUUACAGCUGACAAAUUGCGGAGAUUUAAGUAACGAGCGGAUAUUUAUAAGUUCCCCUCCCCCCCUCCCUCCCUCCGACUCGCCGACGCGUAAACGCACCUGUCGUUGGCUCGCGUCGCGCGCCGAUUGCAUUGUCGGGGUCCCGUUUUUCGUGGCGAGGAAUGUCAUGGCAUCUCUCGCGCGACGACUAUGUACGUGGGAAUCGCAGGCUCGUUCGAGAGCCUGGCUUUACGACGCUCGUUAAAAUCGACCGCUGUCACCCGACGAUAAAUCGGUAAACGCGAUCGGCGGUCGCGCCGCGUAACUCUUAUUGUCUCGCCGAUUGCGGCUGAUUACUGCUCACCUGACGAGAGACGAGCGUGCGAAGGGAAGGAGAAUCUCCGCCGAUCGUAUAGUCGCGUCGCGUCGAAUCGAUCGAGGAUACGAGAGACGCAAGACUAUAUCCGGUGGUAGUUAUUCGUUAACAUUUUUUCGCUCGAUAAUUCGCGGCCGCCGCGCUAUUAUAUUCUAAUUUCCUCGCGCGAAACGUUCGCGCGCGUUUCUUCACGAGGCGCGUUCUUUGUAGCAACGUUAUAAAUCAUGGUUAUUAAUGCAAAUCCACGCGCGAGCGCGCGGUAAAUGAGCAGGAAUUUACUCGAGCGAUUUAAUUUUCGCACAAUCAGCUCGUGGGCCUGUUGGUGCGAAUAACUUCCUGGAGUAAAUAACGCGUAACCGCGCGUCGGGUCGAAUCGGGUCGGGGAGUCGCGCGCGACUCGCGCGGGAUUAAAAUUUUUCAUCAAACGGAAACGUGGGCGCAGCCCCGCUACGCAGAAAUGGAGCGUAGGCGGUGAGUCACACGACGCUCGUUUUCGCAUACCGGGAAUUCUGAGAGAGAAGUACCCGCGACGUCGCCGAUGACUUCGCCGAAAAAACGAUGAUCCAACAAAGAGGCUCUCCCUCCCUCUGCGGGCUCCGGGUUAUCCGGAUUAGACUGUAAACUCUCCGAAAACGAGGGAACGAAGGUACGUCGGAGUCCGCCCGCCGUUUCCGUUUGGGAUUAUCCUAUGCAUACGGGAUAUGUCGGAUAUGUAUCUCGUGUUUGUCGAGAUAAAAAGUCUUUGCCGACGAGACAAAUUCCAAAUCCCAAAUUCCAAAUUUCACGCGAUAUCUCGAAUUGUAAAAUUCUCGAAGUGGAUGGAGCUUACUUGCUCUUUCCUCCCCUCCUUUUUUCUCUUUCUCUCUUCGUGUAACACAUCGUGAUGUAACCGCGGAACACACGCACGAAACGACGACGAUGUGUUUUGAAGAUGACGUAUAACGCGUAGCACAGUUCGUACGUGAAUGGCAUAAAAAUAAGACAUUUAAAAUCUCGCCGGCCUAUCGACAACCCCGAUUCUCUUCUCCCCAAGACAGAGAUGCGUCCGGUCGAGUCGUUGACUCUGCAUCAUGCAUAAUACAUCAACGGUAGCCAAAGAUCAACGACUUCGUCAAGAUCGCAGGUUCACUUUGUUUUAGUUUGUAAAGUCAAUUAAUAAUAUGGUGAACGCGUGUUUCUUCUGGAUCUGAAAAUAUACAAUACGUCAUUGUCGGUUUCGAAUCGUCGACAACAUGCAAAACGAAUAUCUAUGCUGAUCAACUGAUAUUCUAAUUGCAGACAUUGCAAAUUGUUAGCGAUUGUUAGGGAUAAUUACAACAGUUAUGAAUUUCUAAUUAUAGAGAUACAUUAAUCUAACGCAUGUUCCAUUAACGACUUCAACACUGCAACGGCAACACAUCCAUUUGUAAAACCUAUUGAAAUUUAUAAUUAAUUACUAUUUGUUAGUCCAAUUUUGACAAAUAAAUUCGUCAAUCUUUUCUUGGAGUAAAAAUAAAAAACGUACUUUCAAUCAUUUCGAUCAUCAUAGUAAUUCUCGAUAACAGUCACACGCGCAUAGAAAACUUUAUUGCUGUGUCACCAUUCCGUGUGAUCUCUAAGAUUGCCGACAACCAAAAUUUAAUAUCCGCCGAAUUCAUCUCUUAUUCAUAAAAUGGUUUACUUUACCCCACAAUCCGAUUAUGUAAUGUAUGCCAGCAAAUUUAUUAUAAUAGGUCGUAUUACUCGAACUUGUGAGAGUGUUUCCUGUAUUAUUUUAUUAUCGCUUUCCAAUGUCACAAUUAUCUUUUGCUCAUAAUUAUCUUCUACACACUAGAAAACAUUUUGUUUUUUUUUUUAAAGCAGCUUUUGUUAAAAUUUUUAUAUUCAACUUUUAACUCAAAUGCGACAUAAUGUGAUUGUGAUAUUUUGUAUUAAAUUGAUAUUUAGCGUUUCUCAAUGGUAAAAUAAUACAAUUUAUUAUUAAAUGAAUACAAAUAACAUAAAAAUAAUAUAAUUUUGAAUUCUUGCGCAAAUUCUAAGACAACUGAAUGAAAUGUACGUUUUCAUUUAUAUUAUAAAUGUUUAUUUUGCUAAAGAAAUACUCUUCCACAUUGUACCAAAAUGUUACAUUUUUGUGCUUUUUUUACAUAAUAUAUGUGUUAUAUAUUUUCUACACUAUUUAUUCAACAUGUUCUCAUAUUAAAUCAAUACAAGUUUUCCAACUGUGUUGCAAGCCAGUUGAAAUGAAUUGAUGAAAUAAAGGGAAAGCGAAAAAAAUAUAAAUAAAUUACAGAAUGGACAUAAAAUGCACUUUUAAAUUCGAAUCUUUAAUCAAAAGAGAUGUCAUCGCAUUGUCAGGUAUAAUACGUCCAGUCCGUACGUACUUCGCAUCGCCCGAAGCAGGAAGUCCGUGUUAUCUGAUUAUCGUUACACCGAGUAAACUCCAUUCGGCCAACACACCCUGGACACACCCCGAGGCGGUCUCGUUACAUCGAUCUCGUUGCUUCGAACUUCACCCGUGCCUUCUCGGCACGAUCUCGUCCAAUCUCCGUUAAUCGCGACUUCCCGAUCUCUUGACGGUACUUGGUUUUACGCGAACGCGGAAAACGCCGAGGCUAUCCGUAGUGCAUCGAUGCGGAUCGACCCGCUAUCGGUCCGCCAUUCGUGCAGGAAAUAUCGCGCGUUCCACGCGACUCGCAAUCCGCGAGAAAUCCUCCUGCCCGACGCGGAGAGAGAAAAACCUUUUCGGUUUCGGACACUAAAUUUUAUAAUUACGUCUCCGUUGUUGAAAGAUAUCGUUUCGUGAGGUACGACGAUCCUGCGCCACAAAUCAAGUUCUUGUAACGGGUCGUUAGCUAUUCGCGAAUGAUGUGCGUGGGAAGUGACUGAUCGGUCGACAAAGGGACCGUUUGGGUGAUCUCUAUAAAACAUACUUCGCAUCCCACGACCUACCCGGUCCUCUCGACAAUGUCGGAGAUCACUUCCGCAGAUCCGUCACUCGGCGAUGUUAAAUUUCGUAGUCCCGAAAAACAAGUCGGUCGGUUGUUAUCGAUCGGCGAGAAGAAAUAUUUCACGUCCACGCGAGACGAGAUCGAUCGCGAUCCACGAAAGGCUUAGCGGCCUCCGUCCUCUCCUCCGGCCGGCGGAUAAUUUCAGAGGACGCAGUCUCAAACCGUAUGUACGUAUCCUCUUGCCCUCGAGAAAACCGGUCGUCGUUUCGUCAUCCCGAUUAUUCGCACCCGGUCGUUCGGGCGUUACCCCGCGUGCAAGCGCGCGCGCGCGCGCGCUCGCGUCAUAUCUCGCGUUAGAAAUCGGGCUUUCCGUUAUGCGCACCGUGCGCGCGGCUCCGAUACUUUAUCAAAACUCACCUCUGAUAUUUCCGUAUUCCAUCGAGGCCCCCGCUUCGACGCUAUCUCGAUUAUUCGCAACCGGUUGCCGGUUUCUACGUUUGCACUUUGGGUUAGUUGCGGAGGAGGCGCGCGCGCGCGCGCGCGCGGGCGCGCAGGUAGUAAUAAGAUAGUUCUCGAUCCGUGCAGUCUUCGUUAAUAUUUCUCAUCCUAUAUAACUUUUUAAAUCGUAGAAUGAAGAGGGAACGUAUUGGCUAACUGCGGGUUUGUUAUAAAUUACAAAUAGAGACGAGAUGUAAGAGCGGUACCGUCGUCAACAUUGAAGCGCGCUGCAUGGUAAUGGCCCAUUAGUCGCGCUGAUCAAAUACACCGGAUAGACGUUUACGUGGACGAGCGAGUCGUACGCGAUUACCUUCGAACGUGUAGAAGGUGCGAACGCUUUUUUAUCGUGUAACGUCGUGUUGCCUCGAUCGUUCACCGACCGGUUACCGCCUUUCUUCGCCUUGUAGUUUAAAGGAGCCUUAUCUAUAUCGCCGCUACUUACGCUAUACUUCUACGUUCUCCUCCCUCCGCUCCGAUACGCGCGUCGUCGUAGGCUCAUCCGCGCGAUUUGUCUCUCGUCUCUCAUGAACAAUGUUGGCCCGCGAGCGACGAAGAACUUACGCGUCCGGUUUCGAUCUUGCCCAGCGCGCGAUAGCAACGGACGUCGUGUUGGGAAGACGACUCUCAUUGUCAGUCUCACUACCGCGGUAUUUAUCAACGGAGAGCGGAAAAACGAGGAUUCAAAGAUCGGAUUUUCGAUCCAUCCAAUAUAUAUUAUUAUUCUACGAGAGAGGAAUAAUUUUUAUCGGAUAUACCAUAUUCGGUCAGAAUGAUCAAAGUCCUUUGUUCUAUAUACGAUAAAAAUUGGCCGACACUCGCAGCGUAGUCUGAUUCGGUCCGUUCCACCGCGGAUCGUGAGAAAUAACGAGUGACGAUUCUAUUCGCUUCGCGAAAUCCUUGAACCGUGAAGAGGAAUGCGACAGAAGGGGCGCGCAAAGCCCUCCAGUUUUUCCACGGAGCGUCGCGCGUCGUGACGAAUUACAGUGCACCGUCGCUUAUCUAAUACGCGUUUGGCUUCCAAAGCACACGCAUUACGCGUGUUCCUCUAAUAGGCACGCAACGCGCGCACCCCUCGCGCACAUACACGUACACAAGUCAAUGACAUCUCUCGUCUCUGCUUUUCACCGAUUGGCUCGCGGUUGCGUGUCGGUGUCGGUGCAGCCGCGAGGAUGAGCUCAACGGAUGGGCCUCUUCCUCUCGCAUCUCUUUCUUUUUCUCUCCGCGCCUCGGCCUUUCUCAUUCGGGAUCGUCUCGCUUUUUUCCUCAGCUCUCUUAGCCUCGCAAGAUCGUUCGCUGGUACAAAGUAUAACGCACGAUUAUCCAAGCGAUUUCAUCAUCCGCUACGGAAUACCGCAUGUAUUCCGAGAUCUAACGGCAAAAACAGCAAUUUUCACUGUUGACCGGAAAUAAGUCAGUCGUAUCAGGGGUAUAUUAAACUUUCGCUCACACGAUAAACAUUAAUCAGUUGCAUUUUCUUGCGUAAUAUGCUUUAAUUAUUGCUCGGCAUUAUAUAAAAACUGUAGUUGAAAAGAUUGUAAAAAUACGACAAAAAAAAAGAUAUAUAUGUAUACAUCUCCUCGCCCAGGCUCUACCCUUUGCGAUAAAAAUGCCUAUCGAUAAACCAAUCUCGCGCGCAUUUGCCACUCUUUAUUUAUAUCGCGCUACAACAUCCGUUGCACUUAAUUGAGCAGCUUAAGUAUACAGCUAAUUCCACUCGCGAGGACGUAAGCGAGGCGCGUCGUCGUAAUGCGGAUCGCUCGCUUCGACGUCUCGGCUCCAGAGUCGACAUUGGUGCACGCAAUCGCACGUUUCUUCCCAAUUAAAAUAUUAUUUCACGUGAUGCAUGGCAGAGAAAAGAAAAGCAAGCGAUAAAUCGUUAGCCUUUUAAACAGGCCGUGUCAUUCGUGAAUAAUCAUCCCCGAGAAGAAAAUACUCGAUUUCGCGUUGCGAAAUGCAGCAACUGACGCCAAUAAACGGCAAUUAAGCAGACUGUGAUAUCUUGCUGCGCGCGUAUUUUAUCAUUUGUAGAAGAUAUAAACAGAGUGUUUCCAAGAAGACACGCGAACCUCCCGAAACGACGGACCGUACGUACGUGUUUGAUGAUUCUUUUUGUGCCGUCCGCGAGAACUAAAUCAAUUUUAUUCUUAGUCGAGUUUGUCAGUUUAGCACUCGUUUCUCUCGCUGAAUUCUUUAUAUAACCGGCGAACACUAAACUCGCACGGAAAACAAACGUACUAGCGAUGCUUUAUCGACUCGUUACACUUUUCUUUUUACAGGCUUCACAACUUUACACGUGACCUAUGCGUGAACAAACAUGUGAACGGCUGUUUAUACGAAACGUUUGAAAUUCGCGGAUGAACGAAAUAGAUGACGGAACCCGAGGGAUCUAAAACUGCCUCCUCGCGCUUUAUUUUCUCGACCUUUGGCUUUUGAAAUUUACGACGGUCAAUACGGAAUAACUGUGGCGAAAGAGCUUCCUCGGGUUCUCGAUUUAGCGAGAGAAUUUAUAGAAUGCACGGACCCCAUCAUCCGUGUAUGCCUCGGAAACCUCUGUCAGUGGAGGGUCACAGGUAGAUUUUUCCUUCUACGUACGUUGCGUACAAUGAGUACUCCUCACAAAGCAUCGGGAUCUCGCAGGUGGUGCGGAACGGUUCUCUGCCUUUCAGUUCCCUCUCUGUCUCUCUAUGCACGUGCAUCUCCAAAGGCCCGUGUUAAAUGCCGAAAGGUUUGUCAUUUUAUAUAAUCUUCCUUCCCUGUAUGCCUCGCGUUUCACAAGCUUGCUAUUUAAUCGAUAAGUCGAGUAACCCACUUGUGUUAAACGAAGAUAUAUAUUUUAUUCAAACAUCCAGCGCUACGAUAGGGAUUGGACAACUAUGAUCUAGCCUUGUUUCUUCUACUCGCUGCUCAUUAGGAACAAUUUAAUUCGCCAGUUUUAUUACGAGCUAUUGUUUCACGAUUGAAUUCACGUUUGAUCGAUACGCUUUAGCAUUCCUAAUGUAUAAUGCAUUUUCCUUUAUUUCACGAUUACCCGUCGUUACAGCGACUUUAGAUCUGUAGUUCCUUUCUAUUUAAUUUUACAUAAAUUUGACUUGAGGUUAAAUCCAGAUAAGAAUACACUUCACUAGUUAAUAUUUAUUUUUAAUGAAAGAUUAAGCAGAAAAUUGGAAAGGGAAAUCUAAAAUAUCGUGUAUGGAUAAAAUUGCGUUUAAAUAAUUCUCGAUGAAUCUUCUGUACGUUACAAGUGGAUUAGAUACAAAAGAUUUAAGAGCUUGUUUAAGUGAAACAGCGAAAGAAACAUAUCAUGCGGUUUUCGAAUUGACUUAUUACAUCUUCUAGGAUUAAAAUGCUUCUGACGUAAUUCCGAAAGCGUUUUGAGUUUAACCGGGGUUAAGGGAGCUGUUAUAGUCGCGUUAUUGCCACGUCGAAUUAGCGCUGUUUAAGCACUGUGGGCGUUCUGGAACUCAUUGAGAUGGUCAUGUGCUUAAUCUAAACAAAAAAAUCACCCUCUCUUCACCUUUCUUUUUAAUUUACUAAUUCGCUUCCCGAAAUGUUUUGGGCCACCCAAAUGGAACAGCUCGCCAUAUAACAUCGCGCCCUAGUGAUCGCUUACUUUACGAGACGGUAACGAUUAGGAUUGUCGGACUGGCGCCGCGCGGUGCGGAUUAUUCUCAGUGCGGAAGAAUAAAACGGAUCGAUCGUCGAAGGAGGAGACGCCCGUCACCGCCACUCCGCCAAUAAGCCGGAAAGAUUAACGAAAGGUCAGGGCCUCGUUAAAAACAUUUGGGCGGAAGAAAGGGAGACGCGUGCAUGCGCGCGCCUUCCCAAAUUUAGAUCAUUUACGAGCGGACACACGCGCGACUAAUUCGGCGCGAGCGCUCGUUAUUCGUCCCAAAUGAAUCAAUUCAUUCUCUCUUUUGGUCGCGCCCGCGCGAUUGUCCCAAUUGAGUCUUGAUUCUUCUAUUAACUUUUUUGUGCGACGAAAGAUCGAACAAAGCGUUUCGCGCUCGGACGGAAAUUCCGCGUCUGAAAUCGCGCGAGCGCAUGCCAUUACGCUACAAUUGCGAGGAGUGAAUGGGAUUAUUUCUCUGGAAUCGAAUCGAUGACGCAUUGCAUGCCGCGCGAAAACCGGUCGUCGUCGGCAGUGGCGGCGUUUUCUCCAUUGCGCUCACGGACCUUGCGGAACGUCGUGGAGCGUCCGAGGAGGGCCUGAGGGGGCUCGUUUCGGUAUUCCCGAGACGGCCAGCGAGACACGCUAAACGAAGAAUGCGCGAGAUGCGACGUGACGUCGCUCUUGACAACCUGGAGGAAAUCGAGCAAAGUUAACGGAUCGCUGUUCUGCGCGCCGCGCGCCGGUUUCUUGACGUAUCGGGAAAAUGACGUUCGCGUAUUAAAUCGACUUUUCCUCCGCCGAAUCACGCGUCGUCAAUUAAUUAUUUCAUUUCGUGAGCGCCUUAAACAUCUACCGGAAGGUCUAAAGGAGGGAUCGCGUCUGCCUUUGGCACGGAACGACUACUCCGGGGUGUAUUGUAUAAAUAAAAGGUAUCGCGCAGAAACGCGAAGAAGAAGAAGAAGACCUCGAUUACUCCGCCGAGAAAAGAAUACAGAUGAACCGGAAAGCUUAUUUUCUGAGCGGUGAGCUGCCGCGCUGAUUCCGACCCGAGGCGCGGGUGUAGUUUCCGAAUCCGGAGGAACGAAAACGCAAAACGGGGACAAGGCUCGGGGAGUUUUUGUCAACAGUCCAUUUAACUGCGCGUGCACAAAGCGUGCGCGGGGACGUAUUUUUAGUCGUUUGCCGGCGGUAUUUAAAGCCAAACGAACGCCACGCUUCACCGUAACCAUGUACACGUAGGACGCGACGGAGCCCAUCAGCGACGUGGCGUAUGCAUCAGGGUGGCUUUGCGAGGGUCUAUCUAAUGACUGACGUCAGUAAUGGAAAUCAGUACGCGUGCAAGAUUAUCCCGAAGAAUCGAAUGCAAAGGAUCCAUAUGCAGAAGAUCGCGCGUGAGAUCAUGAUCCACAAAGAGCUGAAUCACGUGAACGUCGUCCAGAUGCAUCACUACUUCGAGGACAAUCUCAACGUGUAUAUGCUUCUAGAGGCCUGCCCACGAAAGAGCUUGAUGCACGUGCUGAAGUACCGUGGCAAAGUCACGGAACCGGAAGCGCGUUACUACAUGAAGCAAAUGGUGACCGGCGUCGCGUACAUCCACUCGCAGAAAGUCGUUCACCGGGACCUGAAGCCGGGCAACAUGUUCCUAUCGGACCGGAUGAUCGUCAAGAUCGGCGACUUCGGGCUGGCGACCAGGCCUGACGGCCAGCGCAGACGAGUGACGAUAUGUGGUACGCCAAACUAUAUCGCUCCGGAAGUGUUGUACAAGCAAGCGUAUAGCUACGAAGCGGAUGUUUGGGCGUUGGGCUGCAUACUGUACGCCCUGCUGGUAGGGCAACCACCCUUCGAUACGGCCACGCUCAAGGAAACUUACGCUAGGAUCUGCAACAAUCAUUAUCGCGAGGUCGACGACAGUAUCGCAAGCAGAAACGGUCAAGACUUGAUCAGGUGGCUUUUGCAGUCUAAUCCGGAGCUGCGACCGACUCUGGAGAGGGUGAAAGAGCACCCCUAUCUAACCAAGGAAUACGUGCCUGCGUCUUUACCCCAUACUUGCUGCUACCAAAUGCCACCGCCUUCGAUCAUCGAGCCACCCUCGUCGCCAUCCUCGGUGUCUACUGUCGCCAGGAAUUCGGAAGUUAAGGCACAGAUAUGGCAUCAAAGUUUCGUUUAUCCCGACGCGUCGCUGCGUUAUCAGCAACAAUCAAUUCAGACGCAAGCGCAGCAGCAGGCGCAGCAGCAGUCGCAGCAGCACCACCAACAUCUGCUGAAUCGUUCGCAGAAGAACCUGCAGAAAGAGUCCAAGGUCUCUAGCUGGCUGGUCAGGAAAUUACCUAAACUGCCACGAUUUCGGCAACGGCUCAGCAGCGUGCUCUGCCCAGAUCACAAAAAGACCGGCCUCGUGGCGCAGAGCGUGCAGAUGCAUCGUGCACUUGAAGCGUGUGUACCGGAAAUGAAGCGAAAUAACGCGUGCAAUCCACCGACGGUAGAAGACAUCGUGCCACUUUUUGUUACCAAAUGGAUCGAUUAUUCGAACAAGUACGGGUUAGGCUUCCAACUCUCCGACAGAUCGGUCGGCGUUCUCUUCAACGACAAUACGAAGAUCAGCUACACUCACGAUAGAAGAAGAGUGGAAUAUAUGACGACCGACGAUGAGAUGACGCGAUACCAUCGAGAGAGGGACGUGCCGGCACCGCUGCAAAAGAAGCUCGAGUUGCUGCGUCAUUUUACCGAAUAUAUGGACGACUUUUUGACAGAAGGUGGUGAACUGAAAAAAUACCGCGCGCCGCCAAGACAGUCGAAAAGCGCCUGCGUGCCACGAAUGAGACGGUGGCUGCGUACGGACAAGGCCAUCGUGAUGGAGCUAACGGUACCGCUCCUGCAAGUGAAUUUCUUCGUGGACCACACGAAGAUGGUGGUGUCGCAGGAAUCCUCCGCGGGAGGAAGGGGCUACCUGAUCACUUACAUCGACACCGGUCGACACGCGUCCUCCUAUUGGCUGAACGACCUGCGUGAUCUCGGCUGCACCCCGGACCUCUACGAGCGUCUCUACUACGUCUGCAAGGUGACGCGCGAGUUCGCCGAGCUGGACAACAACACGAUCGCCUGAUGAUUCCCGGCGGAUUCUCAGGGGACGCGCCUCGUAAUUCCCUCAAGAACCGCUCGGGCGGCGGCGGCCGAUCUGGCAGCGAGAUCUCCCAGAGAUACCUGUUUUAGCAACUUGUUCUUUACCACAAAGUAUGUGGCAGUUGAAUGUCAGUGAUAAAAUUCUUCAGCUACAAAAAGUCGAUAAUUAUUAAUUACUACGGUUGAAUUUUUUCGGAAUCUUAAUUACCACGGUGAGAGAAACAAAAACAUUCGUUUAUGUCUCUUUUUCUCUCUCUCUCUCUCUCUCUUUCUCUCUCGGGAUAAGGGUGAAGGAAAUAGCGGCGGAGCAAGUACGUCACGAUACGUACCGUUACUCGCAGCAUUUCUCGGGGGUGGGGGGGGGGAAGGAAGGAGAGGUCGUAAAUAAGAAUGUCACGCGUAUAAGACCGCGAGAAGGUGUGUCUUGCGAAAGACCGCGCGGUGCGAGUGCUUCCCUUGAUUUAUAAAUCUGCAUGUUGUUUCCGCAAAGCCAGAAGUGAUCGCCCGUAAAGUCCGUUUCGGCAAAAGAUCUUCCCUGAAAAACAAAAUUAAUUUUCCAGUGAUUGAAGACUUAGUUAGAUUAGUAAAUAGUCGGUCUCAUCGUCGCAACAACGAUGUUUCGUGAGUUUAAGUAGAUAUAGCUGUUAUUGUUCCUCUUGAAUCAACAUUACAUCGCAAAUUACGCAAACAGAAUCUGAAAUUCCAAGAGCUACGCACUAUUUUUACGCACAGCGGCAUUUUUACACGCAGAUCCCCUUAUUCUCGCGCGAGAAUCAUUUGACGGAAAUUAUCGAGAUUAAUGUGAUAUAAAUGUCAUAACUAGUUACGAGAUAUGUAUGUCCGGUGGCACUUUUCAUCAUGCGAAACGCAAGACGAUCACAACUAGGAGAGUGUCAACUGCAUUGCUACUACCUCUGUUAAACAGGUAGCUGUUAGUAUAAUUUAUUUUUCACGGCGCAGAUCUCCCUAGUUCAGUGCCUAUAUAUCGAGUAAGUAUAAUUGACAUCCGAUAGAUUAGUUUGAUCGCGUAAAUCGAGUAUAGUUUUAUUACACACAUUCGCGAUCACGCGGCGUGCGAGGUGUCGGAUUAUUCGAAACAGCAGGAAUUUUGCCUCUUGUUAAAGACUCUUUCUCCACUGAAAGCUGUUGUCGAAAUCUGAGCUCCACUUCGCGAUUCAUUAUUAAGAGUUAAGACAUCGCGUUACAGUCAACAUACUGAAUUAUGUGUGGGGAACAGUCAAACGGAAAUGGUGAGCAUUUAAGGAGAAUAACAUAUAGCUUGCAAUCAACGCCAAAAAAGGUCUAUAAACGUUCUCUCGCGCAUGUUCUCUCUUGCAAGAAAUCUUUUAAACUGUUCGGACUUGUUCUCUCUUAUAGAUAUAAAGAUGUCGUAAGAAUUGUGAAAUGCUGACAGGGAUGAAUCCGAUGACGUGUGAUAAACGUGUGUUUGCAAAAGUAAAGCGAAGAUUUGUCGAACAGACUCCGCGUUAUUUGGAAAAAAAAGAACAGUUCUUCUUAACAAGUUUCGUUCGAUCUUUGGUUCCAUGCGUUUAUUCUUUUAGAAGGAUAUCGCCAUGCAUCUUUUUUUACAUGAUUUGCCAUCGAGUACUUAAAAUAGCCGAUCCGCAACAUCUCGCUGCGCGUUACUCGGCGCAAAGCCAAGAGGAAGUACAUUAUUAGCAAAUCCUAGUCAAGGCUCCUUUUCCACUUUUCUAGAAUUUAACGAAGGACGAGCGACGAGUGUCACUGCCAUCGUUGUUACGCGUUGCCGCUGUAUCCAGGCUGUUACGUUUUAUAGUUAUUACUAUUUAUUAGUUGUGUUUACGCGUACGCUUAUUGUACAGAAGUUUGUUGCAUCGUUAGGACCGCGUUAGGAAAUAAGAGUGCAGGUUUCACGAGACGAGCCUUUCUCGGCCGGAUAAACCGGAUCCGGAAGCUUUCGUAUAAUCGUGCAAUCACUUUCGGUACGGACAUUUUAACGCUUAAUUCCGUUUGCGGUUUUUCUACUCUUUUCAUCCGGAGAAUUGGUACAUCAUGGCGUCUAGAACCAAUUAAGCGAGAAAGAUGGCUCAACCGUGAAACAGUUCACGAGAAACCAGCCGCGUCCUAGUUAUUACGUGUUAUAUUGGUAAAUGCGCGAGCGCUUCGAGCUAUAUGUCGUCGACGAGAUUUCCCGAGAUGACAUAAUCGGGUUCUCUCGUAACGUACAGGUGCAUGUGUACCACCGACGUGUCGUGCCGAAGAAAUUUCUGAACGCGACGCGACAUAUUCUACCGUAAUGCAUUUUCCCAGCGUGCUGCACGCGACGCGUCACGCCCAAAUUGUUCUAUUUCCCGUUAUUGUGUGUACAUUAAUACCGCUAUUAUAGUUGUCGCUAGUUACUUGGAUUAUUAUUGUUAUUACGAUUAUGAUUAUAUAAUUAUUAUAAUAUUAUUUUAUAACGAUUAUAUAUUCUGAUUUACGUUAUCGCCAUCGUCUGCUAUCGACGACAUUAUCGCCAACGCGACAGCGAUCGCAAUUAUGUUUAGUACAAUUAUUAAAAGUUAUUAAUAAUAAUAAUUCGCUGCACCACGGCAGUGAGCGUUCGGGUUAUUCGCAUCCAACGCGACAACGAUUGUCGUCAUAUACAUAUAAAACGCGCAGUGAUAUUAUAUUUUAUUUUCUAUCGAGGUCUCUUAUAUAUAUAUAUAUAUAUAUUACAUUACACGUUAACGCCCGUUCCAUGCAACGAAGCGGCAAUUAACACUAAGGAUCUCAGAUUUGUUGUCUCUAUUCGUCUUCUGUGAAGAAGUGAAGCGUUAGAUUCGAAGCAAUAGACGUUGUUCCGAUUACGAACAACGGACCAUGUAAGUUGGAGGGAGAAGAGUGUCGCUAGCGAAACGUUUAAUAAAGCUGCGAUUUUGAUAAAG